GACUAUUAGAACUCAUUCGAUAGAUUAAAAAGCAAAAUGUCGCAAGAGAAGCCACGUGAAUUAGGGGUGACACUUCCGAUCUCUACUGCCAAACCUACGGAAGCCGAAUUGAAACUGACCGACGAUCUUUUGAAAACUUUGCACGACUAUGGUCUCUUUGAAAGCGAGCACGAAGCACAAAAACGUGUUAUUGUCUUGGGAAAAUUAAAUAAGAUGGUCAAGGAAUUUGUCUAUCGUGUGAGUAAGAUGAAAGGAUUCCCCGACUCACUCGCACGAGAAGCAGGAGGAAAGAUCUUUACUUUCGGCAGUUAUCGACUUGGUGUUCACGGUGCAGGGGCCGAUAUUGAUACGCUGUGCGUUUUCCCUAAGCAUGUCGAAAGAGAACAGUUUUUCACCAUCAUGUACGAUAUGCUGAAAGAGAGACCGGAAGUGACAGAGCUCACAGCUGUGCCGGACGCCUAUGUCCCUGUAAUUAAAAUGCAUUUUUCUGGUAUACCUAUUGAUUUUGUAUGCGCCCGUCUAGCGAUCGCUCAAGUACGGGACGAUCUUAUACUCGCGGAUAACAAUCUUUUGAGAAAUCUCGAUGAACGUUGUAUUCGAAGCUUAAACGGUUCUCGUGUAACGGAUGAGAUUUUACGUCUGGUGCCGGAUAUUCCAGCGUUUCGUAUCGCUUUACGAACCAUUAAACUGUGGGCGAAACGACGAGCGAUUUACUCCAAUGUAAUGGGAUUUUUGGGUGGUGUAGCUUGGGCCAUGCUGGUAGCGAGAAUAUGUCAGUUGUAUCCCAAUGCUUGCGCUGCAUUCAUUGUGAACCGCUUUUUCCGUAUUAUGUUCAAAUGGAACUGGCCUCAGCCGGUGCUUUUAAAACAUCUGGAGGAUGGGCCAUUACAAGUAAGAGUGUGGAAUCCAAAGUUAUAUCCGGCGGAUAAAAGUCAUCGAAUGCCGAUCAUCACACCCGCUUAUCCUUCAAUGUGCGCUACACACAACGUGACGGAUUCUACAAGGACCAUCAUGAUUACGGAAUUUGGACGAGCCGCCGAGAUUGUCGACACAAUUGUCAUUGGAACAGGCAACUGGUCCGAUCUGUUUGAGAAGAGUAACUUUUUCCACUCGUACAAACACUAUCUACAAGUCAUUGCGAGCUCGGAUUCAUCGGAAGCCCAACUCAAAUGGCACGGUUUGGUGGAAUCGCGACUACGUCAAUUGGUGCUGAAACUCGAGUUGGUGGAUUUGCUUGUGUUGGCUCAUCCAUACAUUAAGGGCAUGGAUAAAGUGCACUAUUGUCUGACCGAUGAAGAAUAUCGCGACGCUACACGCGGCAUUUACAAGCAGGAUUACACAUUUUCCUUGAGCGAAGGCAGUAUGGAGACCAAUCAUAUAGGAUUGCUCAAAGAGCGAGGUCUGGUGACCGACGAGAAUGAAGCCAGUGUACGUUCCCUUUACUCGACCACUUUCUAUAUCGGUCUGGAAGUGGAAGCCAAGCCUGCUGGUUCCACCGGUCCCCGUAAGCUAGAUAUCUCAUGGCCGACUCAGGAAUUCAUCAAACUUGUAAAGAGUUGGGAUAAAUUUGAUGAGAAUAGCAUGAGUAUCACCGUGAAAAAUAUCAGAGGAGCCGCUUUACCCACGGAAUUACUUGGUGAAGAGAAGAAUUUAAAGAGAUCUCAAGCAAAGACCAAGGGAGGAAGCGCAGCACUAUCGGGAUCGGAGAAGCCAUCAAAGAAGUUGCGCAGCGAGGAAGAAGCUCCCAGUUCGUUGACUGGGAAUACGUUGAUGCCUUCUCCAGCUGCGACCAAACCACCAGCGUUAGAAGAGGUAGCCGGUGCAUCGAGUAUUCCUGUUGGAAACACAGGCAAGGAAUAAUAUGUACACCUUUCAAGAAGCCACCAUCCAUCGAGCUUUUUCAUGAAAUUACUCUUUUUUUUUCAUUUCUAUCGUAGAUCAUACUUCCAUUCCUUUGCAAAGUAUCUCAGCGAUACUUCUGACUCUAUUUUUUUUUUUUUUGUCGAUUUGAAUUGUACAUACAGUAUAAGCAACCGGUCUAAUAAACAACGGGGAAACGUUUUCUCCACC